AAGUAAUGAUGCUUAGUGAAGCGAGAUGGUUGCGCAGACUGUUGUGAAGGUUGCCAGCUGGUUCUGUGUGGAUGAUGUUGUCGAGGGGGUUGUGAUGAGGAUUGAGUGGUGUGGUGGUGAGGAGUGCUAUCUUCUCAUUAAGAAUACAAACACAGACCUGGCCACACUCAAAAAAAAAAACAAAAACCCACCACCAUCGACAAAAAACAUUAAACCAGAAACCAACCAAACCGAAGCAACCAACGAACGUCGAGAUGCAAGACUUACUAGAAGAGUUCGACCCACUCUCAAUCAACAAACACAACCACAUCGAACUCAUCAGCAACACCACCACCACAACCCACAAGCCAACUAAGAACUACCAAAAACAACAGCAGAACACAAACAUCAGAACAACCUCAGCAACCUCAAACUCAAACCCACUCUUCACAACAACAACAACCAACACAACAGCAACAGCAGCAACGACCAACGAUCAGAGUAUCGGAAAAAUCAAACCACAGGCCGAUCAUCUCUCCUCAAACGACCUCGAUCCACUCGGAUUCCUAACAGACACCCACCAAUCAUCAACUCUACCAAACACUCAAGAGCACCAAAAAUCACUACUACUAGACGCUCAGAUUCGAUCAAAGUUCAGGCAGGAUGCACUCGCCAAACAUCUCGCACAUGAACCCUUCCGAGCUCAAUCACCAGCACUCGAACUUCCUCCUCCGCCACUCAGCAGUCAUCCCAACUCCACCUACCCACACAAACCACUGAUCACACUCUCCAAAUUAGACCAAGAACCUAUGACCUGCUUCAUCGAUCCCACUACCUCCAAAUGCCUCAGUCCACCUCCUCCUCCUCCUCCUUCGCAAGAUUCUGCCGAAACCUCGCCUCCUAAUCCUCCCACAAACUCGAUCAAGAUCUCGUCUAAAAUCUUCCAAAAUCAGGCCAACAAAUCCAGAGGAUCACUAUCAAACAAGACCAAUGAGACUCCUAAGCGGAAUCAGCAUAUCCCCUCAUCUGCUAGUCAAGAAGAGAAUAAGACUAUCAAUGCCAGGUCAGAACCGAGGAUGACGAAGGCUGUCGAUCAACAUAAGUUGGCGGCAGCCUUGCUCGAAGAUUUCGAUGAAUUCGUCUCCGCUAGUGGCUCGGCUUCCACAUCAUCUACCUCAAAGAAAGAGGUCCCGAUCGACCAUCAUGUUCCUCGAGAGUUUCAGACCUUCUCCACUCGUUCCUCACCCGCUCCUCCAGCAGCUAAUAGACCUCAACUAAAUAAUAAUAAUACUUAUCAGAAUAGCGGCAAUUCUACUCCCCCCUCGUUCUUCGAAGGCCAUGAGGGGCGUCCUAGUCCGAUCCAAUUCGUCGGCGCUGAUUCUCAAUCUCAACUAGUAAUGGACGACGAAUUGGCUGAAGGAAUCAGAUUACAUUUACCAUCCAGAUUGAAGAUCCCAUCGGUAUGGAAACUGAUGUAUUCGAUCGACCAACACGGCACCUCACUAGGCACCUUGUACGAGAAGGUCAGCUCGAUAUCCUCGACCAGUGGGACCAUGGCUGGCUGCAUCUUGGCCUUGAAAGACCAAGACGGGAACCGCUUCGGAGCGUUCGUUAACGAGGCGUUCAAGCCUUCUAAAGAGUAUUAUGGGACUGGCGAAUGCUUUUUAUGGAAAGCAGUCAUGUUCGAACCUGACGAUUUUCGCAUCGGCGUCACCGUUAAAGUCUAUCUUUGGACUGGAGCUAACGAUUACAUGAUCUUGAGUGAUCAUGAUCUCUUGAGUAUUGGUGGAGGGGAUGGGAAGUUUGGCUUAUGGAUCGAUUCGAAUUUGGAUAAAGGAGCCUCGGCAAGUUGUCCGGCGUUUAAUAACGAGGUCCUCUGUUCGAUCACCAACAAGCAUCCGAGUGAUCGCACACAAGAUGACGGAACGUUCGAGGUGAUCGCCUUGGAAUGCUGGACCGUCUCCGUCUCUUAAUCGUUCCAUUUUUCUCCCUCCUUUUUCACACGUGUUCCACCUGUUCCUCUUUUCUUUUUCCACACACACACACUCUCUCUCGCUCUUCCACCUAUUAAACUUGUUUCAUUUUUUUUUCUUCUCGAUCUCACUUGUCUAUAACCUUUGUUUUUUCUUUACUCAUUAGUAUAGCCUGCAGCCCGUAUUUGUAUCUUACAUGAUAUAUUAGAAUUCCAACUAUUCAGUCUGCUUCAGCUUCAGCUUCAUUGUGAAUAGCCUUCCGUUCUUCAUUUUUUUUUCCUUUUGUUGAUUCAUCUUUUUGAAGUCUCAUUAGCUGUAGACAUCAAUAAAUAUGAUAUCUACCAAUCUUUAUAUGUGUGUUUUUGCUUGGGUAUGUAUGAUAUGUGUGUGUAAGCUUUUGUUAAUAGAUGCGAAAGAGAUACGCCUUUUUACUUGAG